AUGUCGUUUGUUCACACCACUCUGUACACUGCUUAUACGCUGCUCACUCUCCCGGCACGUUUGUUGACAUGGUGGUUGUACUAUAUCCCCAAGUCCAACCGUCCCAAUCCGAACUGGUCCUGGAGGACAACUGUGACUCUUCAAGUGAUCAUCUUAGUGUUCCGAUACCGAACAGCUAUAAGGUACCGUACUCCUAAAUCUUUGGAGCCAGGCCCAGAUGGAGACCGGUUUAUUGUGAUGAACCCACAGUCGACCAUCGCCGAUGCCAACUUGAAAACUGAAUCAGCGGUCUAUCAAGGCACGCUGACCUCCGUGCCACUGGUCAAACCUGAGCCCAUUGGCGCAGUCUGUGCCUAUGUGCUCUUUGGUCCACGACCUGGGGACGGAACCGGCUGGGGACCCACAACAUUCAGUGAAAGCUCGGGAUGGCCGAUUCUUUCAGUUCAAUAUCGGCUCUCGCUGGAUGCAGAUAAAACCUUCCCCGCUGCCAUCCAGGAUGGAAUCACAGCUUAUAUAUACGCGCUAGAGACCCUCAAGAUUCCCCCUUCCCAGAUCGUGCUCUCUGGAGAGUCUGCGGGAGGCAAUCUUAUCUUGGCCAUGCUACAAUACAUCACAGAGGAGAAUCCUGCCAUCCCUCUUCCUCGAUGCGCUCUGUUGUGGUCGCCCUGGGUUGACAUGACUCAACGCGCUCUCAAUGAUAUGGUCAAACACCGUAACUAUAAUAGCGACUACAUCAAACACGACCUUGGAGUAUGGGCUGUAAGUAGCUAUAUUCCUCCUGGUUGGGCGGACGACCAUCCAUACUUGUCACCACUUGCAAGUGAUCAUGUCUUGAAAUUGAGUAUUCCGCUUUUCAUCGAAGUAGGCACCUCGGAGGUGCUUUACGAUGACAUUGUGCAAUUCGCCCUUAAUAUGAAAAAGAAUGGCACGGAAGUGGAGUUACGUGAAGCUCUUCAUGGUGUUCAUUCGACUUUUGGAAUUGCUGAUAAUUUGGGUAUGCCCGAAGUUGCGAUAGAGGGCCAUAAACAAGCUGCCAAAUUCAUCGCGAGAGCGGGAGAAGAACUUGAAUGA